AUGUCACUUUUACAAAUUUCCUGUCAGUUCCAUCCCCCGUACGUCCUGACGUCGCAGGGAACGGAACCCAGAAGACAGAUGCCGGCAUCUGCCGGAGGAAAUUGCCGGGGACACUGCAGAAGGGACAUCGCGGGAGCGAAGGACAAGGUAAGUGAAGAAGAGAUCGAGGAGCAGCGCUGCAAGGUAUUCCCAAGUGUAGCGCGGGGUUACCGCUUGUGGUGCUGAAACUUUACUCCGAGCUACACUCAGGAAUACCGCCAGGGAGGUUAAUAGGUAGUCAUGACCUCAAUGUCCAUUCAUGCUGUAUCAACAUUAUACUGAGCCUGGCAGUUGCCCAAAUGUAAUUUUUUUUCCAUUCAGU